AGUUCCCAGGACAGAGACGUGAUCCUGAACAUCCUCGGUGUUCUUGCUGACCUAUUCUCUGUGGGAACAGAUCGGAGAAUUCACUACAUGAUCAGCAAAGGGGGCAGUGAAGCCUUGCUGCAGGCCCUUGUAAAUGCUGCCCAGACAGCUGAGCCAGACUACAGCAUCCUUUUACCUCUGCUUCGUUUGUUGGCUAAAGUAGGCCAAAGAGACAGGAAGUUUGGGCAGAGGGUGCAGAAACUGGAGGCAAUUGAUGUGACCCUGAGCUUGGCAAGGAAAAAUCUAGGCCACCACCUGCAUCUCAUCCACUGUCUCUGGGCCCUGAGGGUUUAUGCUUCCAGUGUUACUGCAGGAACUACCUUGGGCAUUAAUGGAGCCAUGGAGCUGCUUUUCAAAGUCAUCACUCCUUAUACCAAGAAGCACACCAGGACUGUCAGGGCAGCCAUUGAGGCUCUGGCAGCUUUGCUGAAAUCGAAGUCCAACAGUCGGCGGGUGGUGCACAGAGGCUACUUGUGUGGACUUCUGAGGCUGUAUCAGGACUGGCACCAAAGCGACAUCUCCAACAGCUACAUCCACAUCCGUAGGGGUCUCUUGCUGUGCCUCAAACACAUCACCAACAUCCGGUCUGGCAGGGAGACUUUCCGCUGUGCCCGAGGCAUGGAAAUCCUCUUUGCCACAGUGCAGGAUUGCCUGGCUAGCAAGAGCCUGGAUUCUAUAGUAACUACAGUGACCCAGAUCCUGAGAAAGUGCUACCCCAAGGAGUCUCUGCCUUUAGCAACAGCAAGCAGCUCCUUUUCCUUCUCUCCACCUGGGAGCAUCAGCUUUCAAUCUCCACGUUCAGGGCCUGAAGAUGAGAGUGAAGAGGAUGGUGAAGAAGAGGUGGAAAAAGACUUUGAUAAUGAUGACCCGGAGAACAAGGAGGAAGAUGAUGACCUGGAGACAGAUGUGAACAAACUGAGGUCAAGGCCUGGUCUUGACAGGCCAGAGAAGGAGCUUGCACAGUAUGAGGCAAUGUGUCCUGAACUUUCCCAUGACUUUCAGGAGUUGGAAUCGGAGUCUGAAGAUGAGAGAGGCUCAGAGGAUGUGCUCAGGAGCCUACCAUUCACUCACCCUCGAGUCAUUCCAAGUGCUGCUUUCAUGCAGCAGCAGUGUGGCAGAGGAAAGGACCAAAAUACUAAGGGGCCAAGGCCAGAGCCAGCUGAAAGGGCUUUUAAGGCUCCAUUGAAGGGCCCAGAGAAGGAUGGGAAGUGUAUUAGUGCUCAAACCACUGAAAAUAAAACCACUGGAGAUUCAGCCCAAAAUGCAGACGGCCUAUGUGAAGAAAAAGGGUCAGCAAGGAGUUGUGGCCUAAUGCUGCGUCCUCUCCCAAAAGAUGCCUCCUGGGAUGCAAAAACAUUUAACGCUCAGUGUGUGAGCUACUGUAGUCCCAGCCCUGCUGGGGAAGUGGGAGACUUGGAUGUAGGAAAGGGACAUCUGGAGAGACGCCAGGGGAAUAUCCCGUUCCACAGACCUCAUCUCUACAUGGCUAAGGCCGGAAGCACCAAGUCCGUUCCGGACUACACGUUUUUGGCAUUGUCUGAUUUCUGGGGUCAUGAACCCCCAUCUUAUUGCCAGUCCAUGUUGGAGCGGAAAUAUGCAGUUCAAAGGGCCAAAAUAUUUGAUGAUAUCCGUCGCCUUAUCCAACCAGGUGAUGUGAUAGGCAGAGUUGUCUUUGAUUUAGAAGAGCCCAGCCCUUCCAGUUUAGAUGCUCCAGAUUGUCUUAAAUUCUUCUCCAAAUUUGAAUCGGGAAACCUUCGCAAAGCCAUACAAGUGCAUGGGUUUGAGUAUGAUUUGAUUAUGAAUGCUGACGUGAACAGCAGCCAGCACCACCAGUGGUUCUACUUUGAGGUCAGCGCCAUGAAGUCGGCUGUUCCCUACCGCUUCAACGUUAUCAACUGUGAGAAGGUCAACAGCCAGUUUAAUUACGGCAUGCAGCCGGUCAUGUAUUCAGUGAAGGAAGCUCUCCAGGGCAAGCCUCACUGGAUUCGGGUGGGAUAUGAUAUCUGUUACUACAAAAACCAUUACCGCCGGCGUGCAGCAGCCGCAGGCACCACGCAAGGGAAAUCUUACUACACACUUUCCUUCAGUGUUACAUUCCCUCACAAAGAUGAUGUCUGCUACCUGGCUUACCAUUAUCCCUACACCUACUCAGCACUGAUGGCCCAUCUUGACAUGCUGGCAGAAACCAGGAAUCCCAAGAAAGUCUUCUAUAGGCAGCAAACACUGUGCCAGACUCUGGGAGGAAACCCAUGUCCUCUGCUCACCAUCACAGCCAUGCCAGAGUCUAAAAGUCGUAACGACUUGGAGCAGUUCCGCAAUCGACCUUAUGUGGUCCUUGUGGCUCGUGUUCACCCUGGUGAGAGCAAUGCCAGCUGGGUAAUGAAGGGGACCUUGGAGUUCCUAGUCAGCAGUGACCCCAUUGCUGAGCUCCUGAGGAAAUGUUUCAUUUUCAAGAUUAUCCCCAUGCUCAAUCCAGAUGGAGUCAUCAAUGGCAACCACCGGUGCUCCUUGAGUGGGGACGACCUGAACAGACAGUGGCUGGCUCCCAGCCCCCUGCUCCAUCCAACCAUUUAUCACAGCAAGGGCUUCCUCUAUUACCUGCGCAGUAUUGGCCGGGCUCCACUGGUUUUCUGUGACUACCAUGGCCACUCCCAGAAGAAGAAUGUGUUCCUCUAUGGAUGCAGCAUCAAGGAGACAUUAUGGCAGGCAGGCUGCCCUGUCGACACAGCGGUGGUCACGGAGCAUGUUGGCUACAGGACCCUCCCCAAAAUCCUGGAUAAAGUGGCCACUCCAUUCAGCAUGAGCAGCUGCAGUUUCCUUGUGGAGAAGUCCCGUGCAUCGACAGCCCGAGUGGUUGUGUGGCAGGAGAUUGGUGUGCUGAGGAGCUACACGAUGGAAAGCACAUACUGCGGCUGUAGUCAUGGGCUCUACAAAGGCCUGCAGAUCGGAACUCGAGAGCUGGAGGAGAUGGGCGCCAAGUUCUGCCUAGGCCUGCUCAUUCUGCAACUCAAAUCCUUGCCCUGCAGCAAGAAGCUAAUAACUCAGGCUGCAGCCCUGCUGGAUCUGGAGGAGGAGAUCAGAGACUUCCAGACACAAAGCAGAAGAAGCAGCAGCAGCAACCUGGAGACCGACGACGAACCUCCUUGUGGGGAAGAAAUAGAUUACAAUACUGACAGCUGUUCAGAUGAGGAAGGGGACUUCUCUGAGCUAGACAAAGAGAUCCAGGAGGGCUCCCCCAGGGCAGAAGGGGAGACAGAAGAGGAGGGGACCAGCGAGGGACAGACCUGUAGUUCCAAGGUUCUCAAAGGGCUUUACAUUUCCAGCCAGCCAACGAGCAAUAAAAAAGCUCUCCCUCUGCCCCCAGCAUCUCUCAGAGUCUACACCGGGUUUGAGAGCAGCCCCGCAUGAGUGGCGCUUUGAUUUCCUGAGCAAUGAGCAAAUGGGUCAUUGCUCACUUUUCCUGUUUGCCAGUUUCAGCUUCGUCCCCAGAUGCGCUGCCCCAGUUAUGCAUGGAAAACGGACUUUACCUUUGUGUAAAAUAGAGAGAGAUUUCCUAUCGUGUGUGGACAAGGGGGAGUGAGGAGUCACUUGCCCAGAUGGUGCAGUCUAGGGACCUAUGCCAUUCUCAUACACGGUUCCCAGUGCAAUUACGUUCUCUGGUUUAUUUCUCCAUGGCUUGGUACAGACUGUAAUGAUGGUUGAUCGUCUGAGUGUCGGUCACAGUUUCUCCCAUUACUAUGAAGUAACAGUUGUGGCCCCAAAUAUCUCAGAAUAGCUUUUUUAUUCCAUGGGAUUUUUGCCAAUAUGUUGUUUUCUUUUAUUUCUGAAAAGUGAUAUUAUGUGUCUGAAUGUAUAGAGCCCUGAUCCAAAGUUUAUAAAUUAUUCUGAUGGUCAGUAUUUGCAGAACUUCCCCGUGUAUGACCAUACAUAACCCAUCCCACGAUAAUAAAGGGACAUAUUAGCCACUAUGAUAAAUCUGGCAUUGUGGCAUUGACUUCAA